AUGAGGUUAUUCGCUACCGGUCGAGCCCUGCGUGCAAGCAGUGGCCGUUGGUCAAUUGCAUCAAUCCGGCCCCAAACCACCAUUCCGCGCUCCCUCACACUAACUCCCAUUCUCUCCCACCGCGAAUGGAGCUCAACCACAGCUCGCCGGAGUGAACAGAAAGCAACCACUACCUCUAAGCCACCGCAAAAGUCAAGCCUGAAACUUGAAGGAGAGUCUUACCCAACCGACCAGUGGACUAACACCCCCGAUACAAUCCUAUCUCAUAUCGGACGACGACUCUACCUCGAUGACAACCACCCUCUCGCAAUUACACGCAAGCUCAUCGAAAGCCAAUUCGCAGCUCCAACCUAUGGCAACUACUCAGAGAAGAACCCCGUCGUCUCAACAAGGCAAAACUUCGACGUCCUCGGCUUCCCCCCAGACCACCCAGGCCGCAGCCGCACAGAUACCUACUAUGUGAACGACAAGACAGUGCUACGCACACACACAAGCGCACACCAGCAAGCGUAUUUCCAACAAAUCGCUCGCAAUGAACACACCCGCCCAGAGGAGGUCGGAUACACCGUGAUCGCAGACGUCUACCGUCGCGACGCAAUUGACCGCAGCCACUACCCAGUCUUCCACCAGAUGGAGGGCGCGAUGCUAUGGAAGCGACCAGCGACGAACCCGCUCUCCGCGUCGGCUGAAACAGCGGCGAAGAUCAUGGCUGAUGUGGAGAAGAUCCCGCGCCACGACGUCGUGGUCGAGGACCCGAACCCGACUAUCCACGCGCAGCGGAACCCGCUACAGGACGAGCAUCACAGUGCCGAGGAAGUCGAGGCUGUGGGUGCUCACCUCAAGCGUUCGCUCGAGCGGAUGGUGAUUAAGAUCUUCACGGAAGCAAGCAAGGCCGCGGCGGCGCGCAAUGGUGGUGUGGAGCCGGAGCCGCUCAAAGUCCGCUGGGUCGAGGCUUACUUCCCGUUCACCAGCCCGUCUUGGGAACUAGAGGUGUUCUGGCAAGACGAGUGGCUGGAGAUUCUGGGUUGCGGAGUUAUCAAGCAGGAUCUGUUGAUCAAUUCUGACGUGCCGGACCGGAUUGGAUGGGCGUUUGGACUGGGCAUUGAGCGUAUUGCUAUGCUUCUUUUCAAUAUUCCUGAUAUCCGACUGUUCUGGUCGCGUGAUGAGCGGUUCUUGUCGCAGUUCCAGGCUGGCCAGAUUGCCCGCUUCGAGCCUUUCUCUAAGCACCCGGCUUGCUAUAAGGAUGUUGCUUUCUGGUUGCCUCCUGCCGCUGUGACCGGUGGCAGCAGUGCUGCUGGUGGGGCUGUGCCUUUCCAUGAGAAUGAUGUUAUGGAGAUUGUUCGUGGGAUUGGUGGGGAUCUUGUUGAGGAUGUUACUCUCAUUGAUGAGUUUACGCAUCCUAAGACUUCGCGCAAGAGCAUGUGCUACCGCAUUAACUACCGUAGCUUGGAGCGGACUUUGACGAAUGAGGAGACUAAUGAGAUGCAUCUGAAGGUCCGGGAGAAGCUAGUUGGAGAGCUUGGAGUUGAGCUGAGGUGA